UCAGGUUGGAGGCAGUGAACGCAUCUGCUGCAUUUGGUGCUUUCGGUGAAAAACGCUGACACUGCAACAAAGACGUCCUUCUAGAAGGGCACACAGAGAGCAUUUGAGCCGGGAGCCAGUCUCCAUGGCAACCUGGUACAGGAGGGGUUUGCCGGUUGGAGCCAGAGACAAUCAGUCUUCAGUCAGCACCACGGCUCUGAAACAUCCACACCGCGUCGCGCCCUGAGUGGAAUGGAAGACCAGGAUAAGAAAGAGAAUGAGGAGUACACGGGAGAGAUAAAGGGAGGCAUGAGGCCUUCAAUGAAACUGGUCAUCAUGGGAAUCGUGAACAAGAAGCCGAAGAGCAUUGAGGUGACUCUGUCCAGCAAACCCGAGCAGGAGGAUGCGGAGGCCGACGUGGGCCUGCAGCUGAAGGUCAACUUCUCGGAAAAGGCCGUCCAACGCAACGCCUGCAUGGGGGGGAAGUGGGGUCCAUCCGAGAACACGCUCUCCUUCUUCCCUUUUGCGCCGGGAGAGGCGUUUAAGAUGGAGAUCGUCUGCGAGCACCAGCAGUUUCGCAUCCUGGUGGACGGCCAGCCUCUCUGCGGCUUCACCCACCGCCACGCCCAGCUCGCCUCACUCACUGCCUUACGGGUUUUUGGGGACCUCCAGCUCACCAAGGUGGCCUAACCGCGGCCGGGGACGAUGGACGUGUGGAUGUGUGUUCUGACGUUCAGACGGAUCCUUCAGAAUCACUAAAUCUCCAUGGGAAUCAGAAGGUUACGCCUCCAUCACUGUCAUGCAUUAAGACAAAGUGCCUUCAUGAGGAAGAUCUGCCCAGAAGAAGAAUGGAAUAGUUCAUCCAACAGUAUAGGAGGUCUGCAUCAAACUGUGGUUUAUCAAAAAUGAGUCAAAUGUUUCCCGCUGUAAAUUCUGUGAUUUAGGAAAAGUAAAUUUCAGACUUUUAGUCUUUAAAUUCUA